AUGACAGCGAAUCCAACUUCUUCCGAGACAGAGGGACCACUUAUUGUUAAGAACAAAAUCGCAGGUGGAAACUUUGCCACUAGAGGCACUGUCGGUAACCCGGUCCCUGGCUUCUCCGUUGAAGGCGAAGCUCAGAUCCUCCUCAACAAGGGCUACACAGGCGAUGGUAGCAAAGAACAGGGAUGCGUCGAGCUGUCGGCUACUGGUAGCCCGGCCGGGCGCAAGCGAGCCGUUGGAAACGCCGUCCGUAUUUCGCAGCAGGUUAGCGAUCUCAACACCAAAAACAAGUACACUGUUCGUUUCUUUUGCGCCGCGAUUACUACCAUCAGUGUCAACAUGUGCGAUAUCAGCGCUUCAAUUGGCAAUCUUGAACUUUACAUGUCCAAUAUUAUUAGCUCGAGGCAGGUCAUCCAGUGGGCUACCAUCCUAACACAGACGGAUGUUCCUCAUACAGAGGGUACCUUCUUACUCUCUUUCACCUGUCCGAUUGGCGGAAUUGCAAUCAUUUAUGUCGACUCUAUCUUUAUGUCUAACCAGGUCACUCCUGAUAACAUCGACGAUGUGGCGACCAAUUUUGGCAACGAGGGUGGUGUACCUACUCCUCGCACCACAACUAGCCCAGCGACUGCAUCUCCCACAACUGAGACACCGAACAUUCAAGUCACCACCGGUAAGCCUUCUACAAUGGAUGCGCCGUCCAGUGCAGCAUAUGACCCUACUUCGGACGCUGACCAAACAGCAUUUGUCAGCCUGACGCACCUCGAGCCUGCUGGGCCUAUGGAGUCCCUAAAGUUGGUACAUGGGGUCGUGCCAAAUGGAGCAACCCCAGACAGAAUUCCAUGGCAGAUUGUGCGCUGCUGUGCAAACAAGAAGGCACUAGCUGCAAAGCUUUUGCGUUGA